AUGGAUUCGUCACUACACGAAAUCUGGCAGGCAGCAGCUGGCUCGCCGUUCGUCCCCACCGUCGGAAAGGACAGCCAGUUUUAUGUCGCCCUUGCGCUCCUGCUUCUCGGUCUCUCCCUCGGCGGAGCAUUCACUUUGAGUACUUUGACGGAACCCAACUCACGCGUACUCUCCAUCUAUCCCACCCACCUAGCCACUGUUUUCAUUCCCGCAAUGGACACCCAAGGGUCAUCUUCUUCGGGCCCUCCCCUUCUUAGAGCGGUCGCAAGCUCAACGAGGCCGCUCUACCAACUACUCAAGGCAAUCAACUUCACAAACAAGGUGCACGUCGAGAUCAAUGAGACUGGGUUGAGGUUCGCAGCCGAACAUGUCCGUGUGAUGCAAGCCGUUUCUCACUGGAAUAAGAGCCUCUUCACUAGCUAUACCACUAACCGGCCCCGUGCCCCUAUCCUAGCCAACGACGCCGACGAUGAGGACGACGAGCCCAUCCCGCCCAUCUUUCAGAUCUCUCUUCCAGCCCUUCUCGAGACCCUACAAAUAUUUGGCGCCACUGACGCUGCCGCGCGCCAAGCCAAAGCGGACGCCGACCCUUACCGCAGUAACCUGCGCAACUACCGAUCCGAUGCCUUCUCCAACCAGACCCUCGGUAUGUCGGGCACCUGCUCUCUCGCCUACGCCGCCGAAGGAGAGCCUUUCGGCGUGGUGCUCGACGAGGCCGGGGUCAGCACUACCUGCAACCUCACCACAUACGUACCCGAGGCCCCCGAGGACAUCCCCUUUGACAUCGAGGACCUAUCGUUCAAGGUCAUCACAUCGGCGCGCUGGCUACUGGAUGCACUCACCGAGCUGGCGCCCACCAGCCCGGACAAGUUGACGAUUGCUGCGUCCAAGCGCGAGCCGUAUCUGCGCCUGACCAGCUCCGGCGGCCCGCUCGGGUCGAGCAGCGUCGAUUUUGCCGGUGGCAGAGACCUAUUAGAAACGUUUUCCGUCAGCACGAAAUGGAGACAGACAUUUAAAUUCGAUGUAAUCAAGCUGGCCAGCGAAGCGAUGAGGAUUGCGAGCAAGGUCAGUCUGCGAGGUGACGGACAGGGGGUGUUGAGUAUGCAGUUCCUGGUCGAGGUGGAGGGGUCUGGGCCGACGUUUUUGGACUUUCGGUUUGUGCCAUACGCGGUAUGUGAGGAUGAAGGAGACGAAGAGGAGGGUGGAAGCGAUAAUGGGAGGGAGAUGGAGACGUAG